AAAAGAUAAAAAAAAAUGGUAGUUUAUAAAACGUGCAUACUAAUCUAUUUCUGGCAGUCUAACCUACUCUCGCCGUGUAAGCAGAGACUCAAGUACCAAAGAAUGUUUUCGUUAACAACGUCGUUGUUUACUCUGAUAGCUGCAUUGUUUAUCUCCGCCCAGGCAGCUUUGUGUGUGGAGGAUACAAGAACGGUAGCACAAAAUGCAGACAAAGUUUUGGAACAAACGGAACGAAUUACUGUGUCUUUGAAAAAAAUGGACUUUUUCCGGCAAGAUUACUCUCACUUUUGUACUGGAAGUAUCUUAAGUAAAGACUGGAUUUUAACAGCUGGACAUUGCUUUACAGACAAGUUCGGUAUCGCAACAAGCCGUAUCGUAGUGGACGCUGGUAGCGUACAUCUCUCCAACCUCAAUGGCUCCCGAUACAAAAUUGCCGAAUAUGUGAUACACCCAAACCAGUCUGAAUCGAUCCUAAUCUAUAAGCACGAUUUAUGUUUAGUUAAACUAGAAGAACCCCUCAAAUUCACAGAAAACAUCCAACCUUCCCAUUUAGGCACAAUCGAAGACCAAAAAGAAGUACCCGUCCUCGGUGGUGGGUGGGGCCGGGUUUCCCAGCAUGGAUCCCUAAACAGAAAACUACGUUUUCAGAAUUUAAAAACCAUGGCAUACGACGAAUGUCAAAGGAUACAUAAAAAACGCAAGAACAUUGUGGAUAGGGUGUUCCAUAUUUGUGGUUAUGGAGGUAUCGGAAAGACUCUCUGUUUUGGAGAUUCUGGCGGUCCUUUGGUUGAUCCUAGCACGGGGUAUCAAGUGGGUGUUUUUUCCGCACUGGAGGACUGUUCCGGGGAGUAUCCGGUUUUGUUUAUGAGGGUUGAAACGUAUCUGGAUUGGAUCAACGACGUUACGAAACUGAAUCUCAGUUUAAAUUAAUGUGAUUAACUAUUGAUGUCAAUAACAUAUUUUAACGUUAGUUUAAAGAAAUGCCAAAAAUGAUCCAUAUGUUAAAUAUUUAUUUUUAUAAUUUUUCACGAAGAUGUUUCAAAUAAUAAAUACUCCAUUCGUAGUAUUAUUGAUAUGCGCAUGGAUUAAAACCGUACUAUGACGAAACGGUGAGAGAACUUUAAUUAGGUAUAAGUAGUUGUGUUUAAAAGCCAUGAAACAUAUUUGUGAUAAUAAUUGUUACUUUAUAUGAACAUUUUAUGUAAAAGUAAGUAAUAAAAGAUAUGUGAAAUUUCA